CUUUCAAUUUCUUCUACUUUGAAUCAUUCAUAUCCUUUAAAAUUUCACAGAUUUCAACUUCUAAUCGAUUUUACAAGUCUGUAUGAAUUUUUUUUUUUUUUUUUUUUUUUUUUUUUUUUUUGUAAUUCCUUUUCUGCUUUUCUUGGUUUUUACGUUUAAGUAAUCUCUGAGUCUGGCCACUGUCUGAUGAUUUGAUGAUCCUUUACUUUGUAUUGACGAUUCCUUUGAUCUUUCCCUUUUGCAUUUUUCCUCAUUUGGGUUCCAAAGAUUGUUGCUUUCCUUAUUGAAAUAUCAAAGUUUGCUUUUUUUACUACAUUGUUUUGAGGUCACAGAUCAACCAUGUCUCAGCAUUCCAACUAUCAAAUGGCCACUGCUUUCGAUUACUUUUCAACAAAACCGGUGUUGUCAGGGAUUAAGAGCCACAAACUCAUCUCUGGUGUCUUUGAAGGAAAGUGUCCAUCUGAUUAUGACUCAGCUUGGAGCCCAACUUCUCCUUUGGAUUUUAGAUUGUUCUCGGGUUUAGGGAAUCCCUUUGGUGGUUCUUCUUCCAGGUCAAUCUGGAAAGGGAAACAAAAGAGCUGGGAUUCUGGUAAAGUUGGCUUGAGCAUUUUGCAUUCUCUUGAUGAUGACCAUCACUCUGAUUCAUCAAGGAUUGUUUUACCAUCACCGGAUAGUAAAAACAUAAUCUUUGGGUCCUUGAUGAGAACCGGAAACCCCCAGAAACCUCAGCUACUCUCUCAACCCUUUGCCAAAGCUUUGUUACCCAAGAAUGAUUUGCCCAAUGUUGUUUUUGAGAUUGCACAUGAUGUGAUUGAUGUUGUUGAGCUCCGAAAAUCUGGCUCGGUAGAUGCUGCUUACUGUUUGGGUGCUGGGAACUCCAGUGUGAACAAUAAUGCUUGUCAGGUGAUUAAGGAAGCCCCAGGAUCACUUAAUGAGCGUACUGAAAGUGACAUUGAGAUCUCAGAGGACUACACUUGUGUAAUUCAACAUGGUCCUAACCCCAAAACCACCCAUUUUUACGGGGAUCAGGUUAUGGAGUCUGUAGAGCACAAUGAGUUGAAGAACAGUUGUUGUAGAAACAAGAAAGAGAGCAUUUUUGCAAUUGCUCCUCCCGACUUGACAACACCUAUUGAUGUGUUACCUCUCAAUGACUUCUUGAGCUUCUGCUACGGCUGUAACAAGAAGUUGGGUUUGGGGAAAGAGAUAUACAUGUACAGAGGAUACAAAGCGUUCUGCAGUAGUGAGUGUCGUGCAGAGGAGGUAUAUCGGGAUGAGGAAAUGGAAGAUGAAGAAGCAAUCAAGUCUGUCUCAUCUUCAGACAAUGACAUGUCUAAGAAGAAGAGUAAUGGUGUGUUCUUCACCGUGGGCUGACUCCUAUUAUACGCCCACAAUUUCCAUGAUCGAUUUGAGUCCAAGAAAAGAGGAAAAGCAGAAGCUUGAGCUGAUCAUCUGUUCAAGAAAAAGAGCUGUUGGUUUCUUUAAACCGAGGCGGCCAUGGAUGAUCGUUUUUGUAUAUUGCUUGUGCUUCUGCUACCUAACAAAAAAAAAAAAAAAUACUUUUGGUCUCAUCUUUCAUGGUUAUGGUGGGUGAUUGAUUGGCCUUAUGGCUAUUGUUCUGGAUAUUUAUAAUUAUGGUUCAUUUAUUCAGAUAUGAUAAUCUUAAUUUAUAUAAGAGGAGGGUAGAAGCCGGUUUAUGUGGCUCCCCUCCGGUUCUCUCUUUUUCAUUUGUUCAUUUUUUAUGCUACCCUGAAAAUCCAAAGAUACAGAGGUCAAUGUAAUAAUAAGUCCCUCCCAUGAAAGGAGGGACAUCUAUGAAGAAGGUUUCUCUACCA